AUGGAUAUCAACGGUAGUUUAAACUAUUGCGAAAACAACUGCCGAAUUAACGACUUCAGCGGCAUUGUGGCUUGUACUUCGACGUCAGAUUACGUUGACAGUACGGUGUUGGCUGAGAAUCGUAUAUACGCUGAUCACCGUGGGCACUGUUUGCAAUUGAAGAACAUUUGGACGGACUAUCAGCGAAUACAAAUGCAGGAGCAAGUGAAUACGUGGAACAAAAUGAUGUAUAGGUACUGGAAAUUACAAAAGCAACAGCAUCUGAUACCGCGUUACCGACAUGCUUGGCGUACAUCGUACGAAGUCAUGACGUCUGAAACACAGCAACCAUCCCACACGCUCGCCCCAACCAUCAAGACUACUAAAAAGUCAUCGAAUACCAAGAAGCCAAAAAUAGUGUUCACGGAAAAACAACUUUCCGUCUUAGAAAAAUCAUUUCAGGAAACUUCGUAUUUGGGUAAUCUACAGAGACAACGCUUAGCAAAUAAACUGGGCAUCACUGAAAGACAAGUGACUCAGUGGUAUCGGAAUCAACGGUUAAAGACAGUUUUAAUUCCGCCGAUAAAUAAUUGGAUCAUGAACAUACGCAGUACCAUUGCUAUGAAAAUGAAACAGAUGCCUUGAAACGCUACGCAAUCGUGAUACCCAAAUAUAAUAAAAUUUUAUCUUAUUGUUUAUUAUUUACUUAGCUUUUAAU